AUGUCGACGUUUUCUGCUCAAGCAUCCUCUCACGCUGACCAAAUCCUCCGAGAGGGAUACGCAAAGACUUUUCAAUCCCACACAGUUCUUCUGACUGGAAGCACGGGUUCUCUGGGAGGAUGUCUUCUGUAUAAACUAGCACUACAGCUACCCACACGCAAAAUAUAUGCCUUGAUCCGUGGAACGCCCGAAGAAGCAAUUGCAAAAUGGAAGAAGUCCAUGCCCAAUCAGUUCCAGGCCAUCCUCGCCUCCAAAAAAGUUGAAUUCGUGUUUGGCAACAUCAUAUCACCUGAUUUUGGCCUUCACCCAGCCACACUACAGGAGCUACAAGACAACGUUACCUUGGUCAUUCACACGGCAGCAAAGAUAACUCUCGACGCAAGCCCACAAGAGGCAUUCAAGAACAACUGCCUUCCGGCACUCGAGCUAGCCCGAAUAGUUUCACGAUUCCGACGACUGAAGCUCCUGGUCCAGGUAUCAACCGCAUACGUGAACAGUUUCCUCCCCGACGGUCCAGUCCUAGAACGACCAUAUAAUCUAUCGGACGAAGAUCCCGAGGAAGAGCUCGCAUCUGUCCUGUCGCUAGAUAAGUCACCACACACAACGAGGUUCUCAUCCAGCUACGCCCAAGCAAAGUAUAUAAUGGAACGAAUCAUCCUCCAGCGGUUCCCGCUCCUCCCAAUUCUGCUACUUCGUCCCACAAUCUUCGGCCAGGCCAUCCGAGACCCAUAUCCGCUCUACGGUCUGGAAAACUCCACGCCGAUGAACAAGUUCUUCCAGCUUUUUAUGGAAGAUCGAGGCGCAACACAGAUAUGGCACUCGGCAGAAGGGUACAGCACAGGUGCAAACAUCAUCGAUGAGAUACCCGUUGACUUUGUCGCAAAUGCAUGUCUUCUACACGCUGCGGCUCGCACUACAGGAAUAGUGCAGAUAGGAUCAGAACUGUAUGUAUCAUUUACCUUCGACGGGUACUUGGAUAUUGUGCAUAGUAACGCUCCGCCGGCUAUUCGAAAAGAGCUUCCCCAGAUUAUUUUCACGGAGGACCGGGAUGUACCGCAAUGCUUUUUGGCUGAGAUGGUGCAGAUUGCUUCAAGGAACUGGUUAUUUGAUUGCGGGAAAUCUUAUUGGUUGAAACAGGUUGGUGGUCCGUUGAGCAUGCAGGCUUGCAAGUCUGAGGUGGAUAGCCUGAAUCAGAAGCGGAUACAUCGAAUUUAUGGACGGAGUGUGGAGAAGGCUCGUAUGUGA